AUGUCAGAAACAUUUCGUAAUUGGAUAAAAAAAGACUGGGCUACUAGAAAUAUUUCCAACUUAAUAGUGGGUGUUUCCGCCUUGCUCAUUGUAGCAACAAGACUAACAAGAUAUGUUUCGCAACGUGAAAAAGAAAAAUCAUAUAUUGAUUCUUUAGAAUCGCAAGCGAAUAAAUUGCCAAUAGUAUCAUUAUUACGAUCAGAUCCAACGUUCGAAGAAGUAAGAAAUCCAUAUGAUAACGUAGCACCUGAACGUAGAUCGCAUCAUUUUACAGCCGGCACUUUACAGGGGAAGGGAAAAUAUGCAAUUAGACAUAUUGUCUUUUUUUCAACAGAAAAGAUGGAAUUAGUGGCUAUUUCUCAUAUUGGUUCUGAUAUGUGUGGUCAUGAAGGAAUUGUUCAUGCUUAUCUACACAUAAACUUUCGUAAACCAUUAGGGGCAAAUCAGUUUGUAGUGGGAAAAUGCAAAGUUACAAAACUUGAAGGCAGAAAAGGUUUUGUUGAAGGAACUUUAGAAACUUUAGAAGGGCAAACUGUUGCUGACGGAAAUGCAUUGUUUCUCAGUAAACAUGCUAAAUGCAAUGUUUUCCGUCCGCCACGUGAUGUCGACCACUUAAAAUUCUAG